UUUGUUUACAACCUGUAGCAGGAACAGCAGCUCUGAUUUCUGCUUGUCUCGCAGUAUGAUCUUAGAAUAGACAUCCUUAUAUUUAAAAAUUAUUCAACACAAAUAAGUUUCCUCAACACAACCUCAAAUUAUGGAGGAUGAAAAGAAAACAAAACCUGUGAAGGAGAAAAAGAAAAGAUCACAAGGCCCAAAGAAGGAGAAAAAACCCAAAGAACCACAGCAGCGUAUGCAGAGUGGAACAGGUGGUGCCUCAUCAUUUUUCAGCCAAUCACAGCAGCUACAUCAGCAGGAAGGGAUUGUUUUAGGGGACAGUCACAGCAGUACUGUUGGAAGAUUGGCCGCUCAGCAUUUCUCAUCCAGUAACCAGCUCCCCUUCACGACUUUACAACAUGGUGUACCUCUGUCUUCGGCUCCCAGUCAAGCCUCUCUCAGAGUUCCCAGCCAUUUGCCUCCAAAGAAGAGCAUGUCACCAUCGCGGAUGGCUUCACUCACAGAACCUCAAGGUCAAAGUCAGCGUCAUCUUGCUCUAGGUCUAGGUCAAGGUCGACCAUGGCAAUAUCAUUUCACAGGAAUUCCAGCAGGCUUUCAAAGUCAUGGACCUGUGCCUACUACAGCAUCAGAUCUUGCAGCCCAUCUAACAUCGCAGCCACCUACUGUUAACAUCGGUCGCUCUGAGGGACAGGAACAAGAACAAGGGGGACUACUCCGUCAACAGCUCAUGCAACAAAGAAUGACUCUCCCCACUGAGUUGUUGAGUCAACCAGAGAGAAAGUUCAGUCCAUACCAACAGUCUCAAUCUGUGUCAUUAGGGGUUGGUGAUAGAGGAAAGGACAGCCAUUCACCUCAGACAGGGCCAAACAAACAUCAGCGGGAGGACAUUGGUAGGACUAAAGCUCCACCAAAUGUGCAGCUUCCAACUUUUGGGUCGAAAACUGAGACUGGACGCAUUUUAGGAGGUCAUCACAGCAGAGCCCUAGGUCUCGAGGAAAAAGUCCACUUCCCUCCACAGUUUGACUCUAGCCCUGGACCUGGAAAAAUACAGUUACAGAGAAUUGUCAUACCAACAACAAGAGAGGAUGUACGUCGCACUGUGUCUCCAGCAAAGAGAGAAUCCCAACCACAACCGGCACAUUUAGGUGAACAUACAGCAUACCAGGUGUCGACCAUUCAAAGAACCCCAUCACCCGCUCACGAGAGGCGCUCACCAGCACCACCCUUUGGCAGAUCACAAGAACAGGCGGAGAAAACACAACCUGUCAAUUUGUCAUUACAUAUACCAGAGUUGCACAAGAAACAUGGUAGUGGGGGACAUGCCAGUAUUGCAGGGUCAGUGUUGUCGUCACUGUAUGCUAUACAGGCCCAGGCCAAGUCCGGGUCUCCUGGCCAUGUUGUGUAUCAUCCAGCUAGGACAGAACAGCAGGACUAUACAAUCAAGGCUCCUGAGUUAAACUUCAGCAAAGUAAGUCGUGGUGAGGGAGGAUCAAUUUCCAUCCCAAGUCAGAUUCUCAACACUGUCCAGACAGGAGGACAGUUACAGAAGGAGAUCUUGCGCCAGACCUUACUCCAAGGAGUUUCCAAUGCCCAGAUGCAUUCAAUGAAUCAAGCAACAUAUUCAGUUCAACAUGGAAGCAGGGUCACAAAAGAGGAGGCCAAAUCACAUGAUCAAAGACCAAUCAUGUACAAGUUUGAAGCAGACGGGUCAAGGAAAACCGUAAGUCCCACUCCACACUCCCAGGGAUCAGCGAAGAGAGGUCCUUCCCCCCAUCAACACCCUCAUCCAUCAUUGUCAGGAAAUAUAGAAUUGAAGCGUGCAAGUCCAGCACCUGGCACCACCUCAAAUUUGAUGUCGGUAUCUCAGUUCAGUUCCAGCACAGUUUCCCAACAACCAAUCCGAUAUAUAAUACCUUCAAGUGUUUCACCCAAAAUGUCCACAGUUGGUAGCCAUGAGGGUCCACCAACAGAGGUACUCCGACAUAAAGUCCCGUCUCCAAAACCACAACAUCGACACAAGGAGCAAUUAGCAGCCUUGCAUCAGACGUAUGCUGCUAAAGGGACAAGUGGACAGUCCUCCACACAGUUGUCUGGUCAUGUCCCUCAAACUUCCUCUGUACAUUCCUCCAACGUUUCUUCAGUUCAGUCCAUGCUUCCGUCAACAGUACCAACAUCUAUCAGUUUUCCGUAUAACGCUGGACAGAUCCGUCAGCCGGUGGUAAGUCUGGUCCGACUACCUGAUAACCAUCCCAAAUAUGAAGAGAAAAGAUCUCCUCCUCCUCCAUAUUCCGUAAUACAAAUUCCUCAGGACUCUGGAGCCAGGUUUGAUAUCCACAAAUCUGAAAAAACAUCAUUUACAGAUGUAUUUGGAGCUGUUAAAAAACCUGAACAACACCAGAGGCCAACAAUUCAGCACCCUAAACAAGUCAAUCCAUUUACGUUUCCGGCAAAGGCACAGGCAAAGCUCUUCCCCUAUCACCAUCUUACAAUGGAGAACAAGGAUGACCUUCCAGGUGGGAAACAGAAAAGGAUAACGCCCUUUCCAAAGGAGCCGCUCAUUGCUGAUGCUGCUGAUGACAUGCCAAAACUUCUCCCGGUCUCUCCAGUCAACUCCCAUGAGAACGAGGAGGGCAGGAGAAAGGAGGAUAAGGACAUCAACAUUGAGGAGCUUACUCCGAUUCCUAAUCCUUUUAACAUGCGAUUACAAAACCUUGCCAACCUUCCUACCACCUCCAUAUACCGCUCUUCCUAUAGGGCCCACUCCGUCGCAGUACAGCGAGCUAAGUCUGGCUGUAUAGUGAGUCCUGCAAAGUCACUGGAUCUACUGCGACAAAAUCUACAGCGGUUCAUCAACAAGGAGAUUGAUGUUAUCAUACAACAAUACGUUGAGAAAUUUUUUAAGCCUGGUAUUGAUAACAUCAAAGAGAACAGUGGAAGUGCAGCCGUUGGUGAGGAACACAUACAAGCUGUGUGUCGACAGAUGUUGGAAGAGGCCAAAAAGAUGUACCUAACAGACCAAGGUCGCUGCAGUGUCACCCCGACCCGGGACAUCCCUGACAACGUGUCCGAAAACGGGAGCACAGGCAGUCGCAGUAGAGUACCUUUUGGAAGAAAGAGAAAACCCUCGGACACAGAUUCAGAAAAAAGCCAUGCACCAAGACGGAAAAAGGGAAGACCUCCACUUGUAUCUGGUCGUUCCACUCCCUCCAAGCUGAAGAACAAUGAUGCAGUGAAAAGAGAAGGUCCUAAGUGGGACCAGGAGAGGAUUAAUAUAAAUACAUUAUUUAUAAUGGGAGCUCGAGCAAACAAAGCACUCGGACUAGGAGCCACAAGAGGAAGGAUUUAUAUCAAACACCCAGAUCUCUUCAAAUUUUCUGGAGACCAAGAUGACAAACAGUGGCUGUAUGAGAACCAUCACAUGCCUGCCACCGGGGGCAAGGCCUACAUGCUACUACUGGAGGACGUCAAGGAACUGGCCAAGGAUGACGAAUACAGAGACAAUGGUAACCAGAUGCCACAGGAACUGAUCGGCUUCACCAUCCCAGAGUGGAUGUUAGAGAAAGUGAAAAUGCAAAUGAUGGCCGGCAGGACAGACAAUGCUAGGAAGGCAGGAAGGAGUAGAUCAACAACACCAAAUCAAAUACCAACCUCAGUUAUACAGGAUGAGGAUGAUGACAUGAAACACCUGCCUUUCUCCAGCUUCAGUAGCAGAAAGAUCAAGGAUGAGAUUCAGACUUCCCCAUCUGGUGACACAGAGAUGGAGUUUCUGUCCGGGGUAGACAACGAUGACCAGGCAUUUACAAGAAUGUCCCCAUUUACGUUGACUGGAGGGUUUGAUGAGCCCUCACCGUCGCCGUCAGAUUUGGAGGACGAGACCCCUCUCAGUGCUCCCUUUGAUCUGACCAAUUAAUGGCUACAGAGUCACACUUGUCUUCAGUGACCUAUGUAAGAUAGUCCCUGUGGUAUUUUCAUUAGUUUAUUUUUUUAUCAUGUGAGAAAUGAUUGACUGUAAAAGAGAUUGAUUUCUCUUACCCUAGACAAGCAUAUCCAUGAUUUUAUCAGUAUGGGAUUUCUCUGUGCCAUUUUCUUUAGACACGUGUUUUCAAAAACAAAUUGACUUGCUUUAAUUUCUGCUUAAAUUUAUCAAAUGAAACUUGUAAAUGCCAAAUUAAUAUUGGGUUGCCAUCAGAUUUAGCUUGGUCAAUAUCCACUAUGAUUUAUUUGACCAAGAGAAAUUUGCUCAAAAAUGUUCUUUCUAAAUAUCGUUUGCUAUGAUGACAAAAAUAAGAUACCUGUUGCUUACAUAUAUUUCUUCUGUAGAAUUUUGAACUGACCUUCCAGAAGGUGAUAAAAUACAAGUCAGCAUAGAUUUUAAAUGUAGUUAAUAAAGUGAUAAAGUAAAUUCCUUCGUGCCAAAUUAUAUUUUUGAGGUAAGAUUAGAAAGUAUUGUAUGCAUAUCAGCUUUAAAAUCUUAUAUGGAUCAAUGUAAUGGAAAGGUGAUCAGACAAAAUGGGUAUCGUUAAAUUCUCGUUUUAUUCGACUAAGUACAAUAUUGUACUAAUUUAGAACGAUUAAAUUUGUAAUGUUCUGUUUAAAGUGCUAACAAAGGGAGUGUCCUUUGUAGCCGAUUCAUGUUGUGAUUUCCAUGGAUAAUAUGUUUAUGAUGUACUAGAACUGAAAAUCCUUUAAAGGUACAGUUAAUAGAUUUAAUUCUGUUAAAGUGUUUCCAUGUCUACUGUCUAUACGUAUGUUAUUUUUAGCAUGUUCCUGACUUAUGAUGUUAUAUUAUAUAGUAUUGUUGAUAAAAAAUUGUGUUUUUACUGUACACUGUGGCCUUACCCAAUUUCACAAAUGAUCCUAGCUCUAGGAAGAUCUUUGAGUUUUUCCACAGAAAAAACGUAUUGCAGUUGGGAAAAAAUCAUUAUUGGAAAAAAAGGCAUUACUUAACUUCAAUAACAAUGCUUUUCUAUGGAAAGUGUAAUUCAAGAAAAUUUUCCUCAAGUUAAAGAGCGUUUGUGAAACUGCUUUAGGCCUGGUGGUAGGGUUAUCAUCUGAGGCCGUGGCAGAUGGAGGUCUGGUCUCUUUCCUUGUACAUUAGCAGGGUAAUACACAUAUCCCUCAGAAAGCUGCUGAUGCCCUGCGUGUAUGAACAGGGGUUAUUUGGUCUAUAGGUAGCCUGUACUGUUUGUCUGUAGGUGCAUUCUAAAAAUUAAUUUUAAUAUUUGUGGGUCUGUUGCUUACUACUCACUGGCUAUUUAACUCAUUCACCCCUACAUAUUUAAAUUGGACUUGCCUAGUCUUUGAUUGGUAUGGUUCAGGUGUGACUUUUGGGUUGAAUUAGUCAAGUCCCAUAGAAAGCUUCUUCUAAUAUUUUACAAAAUACCUGGAGCUACCCUAUCAAAGCUGGUUCUUUGGAAUUAAGUAAAUUGCCUUGCUUUAACAUACUUGGUAUGAAUUUGGUUCAGGUGAUAAUACUUGUUUCAUAUAUUUUUAAUAUUCCAUGUUGCAUGUAAUGCUUGUAAUAGUUUACUUAUUGUUAUGUAUAAUUGUUUGUCGUUAUGAAGACAAUACAUUUUUACACUCUUGAUUAUUUUAUGACAAGAUCUUCCUUUGAGCCUCAGUCUAACUCGGUGUCAACUCGAGUCAUCACCACAUAAUCCAUAAUCUUGAACAUCAAAGGAUUCAGCUAUUGAAAUGUUUACACAUUUAAACUGGGCGAGACUCGGACAAAGAGAUUCAAACUGACUAUAGAUUAUAUAUAGAUGUUGCUUUUACUGUUUUGAAUAACCCUUACUACACCACAUGAGGCUCAAUGUAGACAACCUUACAAUCUUAAUUGUGUUCCCUAAUUAACAUAAUGAAUUCUCCAGAGUUAAUUUUACAAUUCAGUUAAUUAGCAGAGCUAAUUUUAGAAUAAAUCAGUUUGAAUUUAAAAUUCUAAUUAAUUUUACUUUUUUUAUUUAAAUGAACUUUUUUAAUUACUUAAAUUUUUACUCAUGUUGAUGUUUAUUAUGGACUAAUUCAAUGUAGUUGCGAAAUUCUUUGUCUUUUAUGAUAUAUUGUCUCUUAAUCCUUACCACUGCCAAAAACUUUUAACUACGUAUUGGAAACUGUU